UUUUUAAAUUCCAGCUGUUCAUUGAAUAUAAAAUAGGAAACAACAUCUUUUAAAUCACUGCUAGCUGUCAUAAUGUUAGUCUCACUGGUUUCUAUUUUCAUCCUGACUGUAGGUCUGGGAGCAACAGCUGAUGGAUUACUGGUGUCCCAAAAGAUGAGACCAAUUACCGUGUCCGCUGAAUUGCAAGAGGAGUUUAGAAAGCUGAACAGGUAUUGUAGUUCAUAUGGCAGCUCAUACAGUUCAGGAUACUCCUACAGUAACUACAGACCUUCUUCAUACAGCGGCUACAGCAACUACAGACCUUCUUCAUACUACUACCCACAACAACAACAACAAACAAGUCCGUUGUCUGGCCUCGGGUCCCUCGUAGGACCAUUUGUAACUGGUGCUGCUGUUGGAACAGGAGCUUCUCUGCUUGGAAGUUUCCUUGGAGUUGGAAAGUGAAACAAAGUUCCAAAUCCUAAUUAUAAAUGUUAUUGAAAUGCUUUUCUCUAAAAAUAUAAAAAUUUCCUUGCA